AUUCCCGCAAUUGAGAAUGAGAAUUUCAAGUUAAAACCCCGGAAGAAAGGAAAUAGUGAGAGAAAUCCAAUGAAGAUGAGGAAGUUGGCUAAGAAACGGGAAAAGCAACAACAUACUGAGUUGGUGCGGGUGGAAUUUGAUAUGCAAACUGAGGUGACCGUGAGGCAGCCUCAAAUGGAAACCGUUAGGAGGAUCCUCUAACACCGCGACAUCCUUCUCCUUGUUCCCGGGCGCCUAAGGUAAUUCCCUGCCCUCCUUCGCCACAGGUUACAUCUCCAUUGCCUGAUCCAUUUAAGUUUCAACCUACCAUGUGUCAUCCCUUCCCUCGCCCGCCCCAAGCAAUGGAAUCCCAACACACCCCUCCCCAACCAUAUCAUGCCCAACAAACCCCUCCCCUGGUGAAAACAAUGGAAUCCCAACCAACCCCCCCUACGGCCCUUGCGUUUGAUGCCCAACCAACCCCUACUCUGCCCCAACGGAUGGAUGGCCAUCCAACCCCUCCUCCGCAACAAAUUGUAGGCCUACCAUCCCUUACUCUGCAACAAAUGGAAGGCCUACCAUCCCUUCCACAACAAAUGGAAGGCCAUCCAAAGCCUCCUCCGCCCCACAAAGUGGUGAAUGAUCGUGAACCUGUUGGCUCACCACUGCGUGAAGGUUUGUUUAAUGGGAGUACGAUAUCUGUUGUAUGCGGCCUGGAAUCCCCUCCUGCCUUGUUGGAUAUUACUAGUGACAGUCGGAUGGGUGGUCUCAUUGCCUCCGGGGCCAUAUUAUUUGAGAGGAUUCGACCCAGACGUCGUCGUAAAAAGAGCAUUACCUUUUCAGAAAGAGGGUGUGGGUGGGUGACUAGUGAAAUAAAGAAAUUCAGCUACAACCUAGUUGAGUUUGUCAACCACAACGGUGGUCUUCUUUCUGGACGGGGUGACUUUAAAGGAAUGAGCCUUACCUUGAUGAUUAAAUGUGGAGAUGGGACCAACGUCGACAUGAACCAGUGCAAAGGUCUUGCACAGUUAAAUGGAUGUGUUCACAAGCAGUACUACUAUCGAAUUACCACGUAG